CCACCCACCAAAGCUCGAUAGAUACCUGGAUAACCGAGGUUUCCUUUAAGGUGCCGUGAAGGCUAACACUUGCGUCAGCCUCGGCACCGGAGCCGAUGACAACCAACCUGACCCAACUGCCACAGCUUGUGCCCCGCCUGCUCCCAGCUGCUUUCGACGAUUGUCGACGACGUUCGAUGGUGGCCUCGAUUAUUUUCGAAGGAGACUUGAGGGGAAUCCGAGAGUUGACCUGACUGAUGGUGUCUUGCGCAGCUACCUCGGUGCCUUAUACCUGACGAUCCCAGGACCCACGAGCGGCUUCUCGAGAUGGACCGGAAGACAGCGACGCUCCCUAUCCUUGUGCUUCCGCGCAACACCGUUCUUUUACCGGGCAUAGUUCAACGCAUUGUCGUCUCAUCGAACCGCCCGGACAUCGCAUCGCUGCUCGCGGCCGUCUACACGCGCGCUGCUUCCAAGGCGCCGAACGGCCGCAUCGAUGCCGUCCCCAUCGCGUGCAUCCCCCUCGCCUCCCCGUUCCUCGGCCCCAACGGGCAGCUCCUGAUCCAGGAUGGCGAGCGAGCCGUCCGCCCCAACCGCGGGGAUGUCGAUCCGGCCAAGGCUUCCAAAUCCGAUCUCUUCGACUGGGGGGUCGCCGCUCGGAUCACGGGCCUCGAGGGUGGCGUGGGGGAGUUCACAUUGCUGGUCCAGGGCGUCACCCGCGUCCGGCUUGAGAAGGCGUACCGCGAGAAGUCCUAUCUCGAGGGCAAGGUGGUCUAUUUCCAGGACGAGGAGAGCCGCGUGGACGCCACCCUGGAAGAGCUCGCCCAGCACCUAAAGCUUCUAUCCAGGGAACUUGUCGCCGUGCUCAGGCUGUCGGCCAUCCUCCCGCGCUCCAACGGGCUCUCCCCGUUGCUGGCCCGCCGGCUCGACCUCUUCAUCACGAGACAGAGGCAACCGGGCGCUCUCGCCGACUUUAUGGCCAACAUUUUGUCAUUGUCGAACGAGGAGAAGCUCCAGGUGCUGGCUCUGGUGGAUGUCAAAGAGCGAGUCACGAAAGUUAUCGAGCUGCUGGACCGCGAAGUGGGCAACCUCAAGAAUAACAUGAAGAUUACGACCUACACCACCACCACAAUACCGUUCGACGUCGAUCCCGAUACGCCCAGGAACGAGAUCGAGAAGAUAUGGAGAUCAGGAAUACCAAGAGCACCCGUCAAGGUCGGCACCUCGUCGGGGAUGGGUGUCCCUUUCCCGCCCCCGCCGAAGCUGAUGGGCCGGCGCGGCGGGGAUGCGGACGAAGAUGACCCGGAACCCAACGAAAUAGAUGAGUUGAAAAAGAGGCUUGACGCCGCAAAACUGUCCCCCGAGGCUGCCAAGGUUGCCGACAGGGAGCUCAAGCGGCUCAGGAAGAUCCAUCCUGCGCAGGCUGAGCACGCUGUUUUGCGAGCGUACCUUGAGACCCUGGCCGAUAUUCCUUGGACGACGACGACCAACGACCGCCUCGGUCCGGAGACGCUUUCCAGGGCGCGGAAACAAUUAGACGACGACCAUUACGGCCUGGAGAAGGUCAAGAAGCGACUCCUGGAGUACCUGGCUGUUCUUCGGUUAAAGCAAUCCAUCAAUGAUGACGUGGAUGCGCAGAUCAAGAAGGCCGAGGAGGAGCUCGGUACAGCGGAUGCGGCAAGCACGGACGAGAAGGCCGAUGCCCCCUCGCUGGACCCCACCUUGGAGGAGAAGAUUAAAGCCAACAGGGCGAAGCUGGACGUCUUGAGGAGCAAGCGCAUGGUCGACAAGUCGCCCAUUCUCUUGCUCGUCGGCCCACCAGGAGUCGGCAAGACAAGUCUCGCGCGAUCGAUUGCCAUCGCGCUGGGGAGGAAGUUCCACCGAAUCAGUCUCGGGGGGGUCCGCGACGAAGCCGAGAUCAAAGGCCACAGGAGGACCUACGUUGCUGCCAUGCCUGGCCUGAUAGUGAACGGCCUCAAGAAAGUUGGGGUAGCAAAUCCGGUCUUCCUGCUGGACGAGAUUGACAAAGUGGGCGGCUCCAGCUUCCAUGGAGACCCCUCGGCCGCCAUGCUCGAGGUGCUGGACCCGGAGCAAAACCACUCGUUUUCCGAUCACUACGUGAACAUUCCGAUUGACCUCAGCAAGGUCAUGUUCAUCGCCACGGCCAAUAGUCUCGACACCAUCCCGCCCCCGCUUCUCGACCGCAUGGAGACUAUCCACCUCCCGGGCUACACGACGCUGGAGAAGCGGCACAUCGCCAUGCAGCACCUGGUGCCAAAACAGCUCCGUGCAAACGGCCUGAGCGAGAACCAGGUCAUCUUCGCGGAGGAGGCCAUCGCCAAGAUCAUCGAGUCCUACACGCGCGAGGCUGGUGUGCGCAACCUCGAGCGCGAGAUCUCUGCGGUGCUUCGCGGCAAGGCCGUGGAGCUCGCCGACGCCAAGGACGCGGGCAACCUUGAGCGGUACGACCCGCACGUCGGCGUCGACGACCUGGAGCGGUUCCUGGGCAUCGAGAAGUUCGAGGAAGAGAUCGCCCAGCAGACGAGCCGGCCGGGCAUCGUCACGGGCCUCGUCGCCUACAGCGCCGGCGGCAACGGGAGCAUCCUGUUCAUUGAGGUGGCGGACAUGCCGGGCAACGGCACGGUCCAGCUGACGGGCAGGCUCGGCGAAACGCUGAAGGAGAGCGUCGAAGUCGCCUUGAGUUGGGUCAAGGCGCACGCUUUCGAGCUGGGCCUGGCGCGGAGCGCCUCCGAGAAUAUCCUGAAAGACCGGAGCAUCCAUGUCCACUGCCCGUCCGGGGCGAUCCCCAAGGAUGGGCCGAGCAGCGGCAUUGCGCAAGCCAUGGCGUUGAUUUCGCUCUUCUCUGGCAAAGCGGUGCCUCCCACCCUGGCAAUGACCGGCGAGAUCUCACUGCGAGGCCGCAUUCUUCCGGUCGGCGGGAUCAAAGAGAAGCUCAUCGGCGCUCUGCGGGCGGGAGUCCGUACGGUCUUACUGCCCGCCCAAAAUCGCAAGGACCUCAAAGACGUGCCCCAGGAGGUGAAGGACGGCCUGGAAGUUGUCUAUGUCAGCCACAUCUGGCAAGCCAUCCGCCAUGUCUGGCCGGACGGCGGGUGGCCGAGCGAGCAGGAUCAUCCCGGCAUCCAGAGCCGGCUGUGAAAAACCAAGGACGUAAGACCUUGUCUCUCCUUUUCCUUUUCCCCUUUCGGGCGGAGCGAUCCAAGGUGGGGGGAUACGAGACCUGCGGCUGUGAGACGCGGCAGGCAGCGGCCGAUGGCGCACAGCAUGCUUGCUCCGGGGCUAGCUCCUAUUUCCGCCUCUUCCUUUGCGGGGGUGGCGUGGUGCUGUGUAGGAUAUAUUGCCGUGCUAUGUCCUGGACACCGGCUCUGCGUGUCUCGGUCUGGGGAAGGCGACGAGA